AAAAUGUUACACAUGAAAUACAGGGGACAUAAAAUAUGAAGAAUGAUGCGAAAAAAGCAGGUGCAAGUCCCAAGGGAAGACGGAAGUUGAACUUUGUGGAAAAGAAAGAAAAAUUACCAUUGAUGGGAAAAUCCAUAUUUGUUGAUGUCAAGGAAAUAGCUCAGAGUCGCUUAAUAAAGGAAGACAUUAAGAGGCUUGGAGCGCGAGUUGACGAAUUCUUCCACAAAGAUAUCAACUAUGUGAUCACAAGUAACCGGUUAUCGAAGUCUGACAAAAAUGACCGCUUACUGUCCCCUGAGAGUCCCUCCACAGUGUCUACCCCCAGCCCCUUUAAUACUGGUCCCUCCCCAUCCCCUGCUGCUGGAUCUAAACCUCCGCAGGAGUCUGUUAUCAGAGGAAAAGCUAUUGCAAAAAGGGCAGUUACCAAAGAGACAAAUCCGGUGCUCACAAAUGCAGAAAACUGGGGCAUCAAAGUUGUCUCCCUGGAUGCGGCACAAAAAUGGAUCCAGCGAGAAAUUUCUAAGCUUCCUCAAAGUAACAGUAAACCAAAGAGCAAUGUUAACAACCUCCAAGGAAGCUGCAAAGUGAAGAGACUAAAACCUCCAUACCUUAAGAUGGAAUCAGUCACAAGACAGUACAAGGUGGUGUAUCAUCAAGUUGAGGUUUGGCCCCACGCUAAUGUAGAAACACCACGGGGCACCUGUCCAUUUGAUGGCACCUCAGUGGGCGGGGAGAGAUCGCGGGAGGAGAGAGGAGACAGGAUCGGACUGAUUCCCUUGGAACCCAGGACUCCAGAGUCAAAAAGUGGACCGACACAGUCAACAAAAACACUGGAGAAUUCCAAGUCCUCGAACAAAAAAGAACCACAGAAAAGACAGAGAACCAGUAUCAUAGGUGGCGUCAGGAUUAUCACCGCAGGAGACAUAAGACGACGGAAGGAGAUGAAAAGACUGCAGGAAAAGAGAAGAGGAUACUGUGAAUGCUGUGAAGCUAAAUAUGAUGAUCUGAACAAACAUGUUAGAGAGGAACAGCAUAAAGAAUUCAUCCGAGAUAAGAAACACUAUCAAGAUCUGGACAGCUUAAUUAAUUCUGGUCCUAGUGAUGCCACUUUCCUAAAGAGAGUUUUAGAGCAGCAAUGUAGUAAAGCUGGUGGAACACACAGUGAAGGAGGAAAAUCCUUUAAGGAAGGAGCAACAGCAGUGCCUGUCCAAAAAGUCAUGAAAAACACUUCCAGUAAAACAACCCUUAAAAUUGUGAACUCUGAAGUUAAAAGAAGAAGGAGACAAAGCCCUAGAAAAGUCUGGCAGAAUGCAAGUGAACAUGAACAGACCAUAUUACUGAAAGACAGCAUAGAACAAGAUAUUCGCCAGCGCAAAGAAGUUCGAAGGAGUGCAGAAAUAGACUUGCAGCUUGAUAAACAUUACGUGCCAACAAGGACAAGAAAUUUCCUCUUUGUUCAAGGAACAUCAAGUCAACAUAGUGACAGAACUGGCAUAGGAAAAAGCGAUAUAAGAACAGAUAAUCAGGGCGAAAUUGGUAGUAAUAAAGUAAUAGAUUGUUCUGUUGUAAUUAGCAGAAGAAAUGAACAGAAUCAUUCUGCAGUUAUGAAAGAUUUGAUCACAGGUAAUAAAAACAGUCCAAAAACAACGACAUGUUCCAAAGCUCUUCAAGAAGGCAGUAAAAUUCAGACCCAAGAGUACAAAAUUAAUAAUAGAAGGAACAAAGAUAAACAGUUACAAUCACCUUGUAUUAAUGAAGAUAUUGAAGAUUGUGAAAAGACAUUAAAAUCUCCCAAAAAACAACCACGACAAGGUAGAGAAUCUAGAGAGGAGGUUGAUUCUUCAAAUGUUGUUUGUGAGGGGAAUUCUAAUCAGGCUGUAACUUCAGAACAAUCAGCAAGGAAGUUAACAACAGAAACAAAACACAAUGUAGAAGAAUGCAUUCUCAAAAGAAGGCUUCGAUCUCCAAAGAUGGCAACUCUCCCAAAUAAAGAAACUGCUGAAAGCAAGAAAGACACACAGGCCAAAGGAGUGGAAAGUAAAAAAGAAAGGGAAGAAACAAUGAAUCCAAUGAAAAAUGAUAUUAAAGACAGUAAAUCAACUAAAGUUGACACGCAGAAGGCAGAAGCAGGUAAUGAGAAAAAGAGGGGUCGUGCUGAACACUUAAAAACUAGUCAGUCCGCAGGUUCCCAAGAAAAAUGUGAGGAAAAACAGGGACUGGGUGAUGCAAGGGCUAGAUGCAAGUUCAAGAAAUGUUCAGGAAAGAGUUCUUCCUCAAAAGUGACAAAUGUUGAAUUUGAUGAGGAAGACCAUGAAGAUGUUGAAAUUGUCAGUUGUGAUGAUAGUUCAGGAGGUGAUGGGGUUGUUAAUAGACCAAGUGAUGUAAACAAUAAAAAUGCCAGUGGUGUGCAGUAUAGAAUCGAAAAUGUGGGGGAACCAGAUAAUUGUUCUUGUCAUUCAUGUAAUUAUGGAGAAUUGGAGACUUCAGUGGAUAUUCUAAGAGAGGUGAUCACAAGUCAGAUGGAGAACACAUUUGUUGAUUUUGUGUCUACAGUUAUCAAGUCUCCUAAAACAUUGAGAAGCUCUAAAACUUAUGAUAAUACAGACUAUAAUGAAAGUGAACGUUUUACAAAGGAAAAAUUGUCAGAAAUUCUCAGACUGCCUAGGAAAUCGAAGCGUUCACAUGGGAGUCAUGAUUCAGAACUUGCACAAAAGGAAAGUGAUCUAAUUAAUCUUGACUCAGAUAAAAGAAUGUCAGGAAAAGAAUCGGCAAAAAAAUUGGAGUCACAUAGAGAGAUAAAUGAUAUAGAGGAAAAGGUGUUAAACACUGCAUCAGAAGAAGAAACUGGGAAUUAUGAACCUUCUAUUUCAACUGUGCAAAAUGAUAAAAAGAGUAGGACUAGAAAUCUAGAUGCUGCACACAAGGAUAUCUCACCACAGAAGCAGAGAAGCUUGAGGUCAAGGAAAUAUCUGAUGACUGAAUAUCCUGAUGAUACAAGUCAAUAUGAAGUUGAAAAAACAGAAGGAUCAGUGAAAGUUCAUCAACAACAAACCAGUGAUAGUCCAUCUGUUAUAAACAAAAAAAUAGCAAUAAAAAAUGCUAAUCUUUCGGCACCAUUAACAAGUGAAAGACUUCAGUCUUUAAAUGAAAAAGAGACAACACUUACAGUUAAAACCUUUAAAACUUGUUAUGAUUUUAAACCAGGGAAAGAAGGUGUCGUAGGUCAAUCUGAAAAUUUGCAAGAAACUUUUGAAGAAGAGAAGGUGUUUGAUGCACAGGUGGAAAAGUCUUUGUAUUAUAUAGAUAGAGUUCACCGUUUAAGGUCGACUGAUCAGAGGCAGAAUUCUGUGGACCGUGAGCUGCAAGAUAUAUCUGUUAAAGUGCAGGAAAGAAAUUCGCGUCCAAACAGUCCUGUACCUGGGGAAAGGAUCAGAGAUAACUGCAUCGCUGCCUCACCUUUGUUUAAAUCAUCUCCAAGUCUUGCUGGAUUGCAAACUCCAAAUAAGAGAAUCUUUUCAUUGUCUGAAAAUGUGAAUCAGACAACUCCAGUUGUGUCAAGUCCAAAGAGUGGUCUGAGCAAUACACCAAGGUCAAAUAAAAGGAAAAGAUGGAAUAAAAGAAGAGAAUCCAAGAAUAAUGACACAACUUCCAAUGCUUGUAAAGUGAAAAGAUUGGAAAAGUUGAAAUAUCCUACUGCUAAUGGGAAAAGCUGUGAGAAGGUAACCAACACAGAUAAUGCAAUCAAAGAUAUCCAGCUUACUUCUGGUGCUAAAAAUAAACUGGUUGAUAAUACUACCUCAAAAAAAUUUCUGAAUUUUAAAAAGGAGCAGUCAGACAAGCUUAUUACUGUGAAAGAAACACUGAAAGACAAUUUAAAAUCACCUUUGAAGGACAAUAAAUUCAAAUCUCCAUUGAAACAAACCUCAGUUGAGAAAAAAUGUGUGUCUCCCCGACGAGUGUCAACACCUUUGGUGUGGAGAAAUGCAAAGGGCAGUACCCCAAAGGGAAGGAAAAAAAGAAUCAAGCUCAACAAAAGCUGGUCUGUGUUGAGUGACCGUAGUGUCAAUAAACUUCUACAUGAGAGUGACUCGGAGUCUAAUUUUGAAGGGUUUGAGGAAGGAGAUUUAACUGGUCACAGCUCCCUUUGUAGUGAUGCAUCUUUUGUAGAAAUAAAUGAAGUUGAAUUUGAUGAAAAUUCAGACCGUGAGUGGGAUCUGGAGCAAGAAGAUGUUGAAGGAAACAGAGAAGAUGAUGGAGUUGGUAUGUUACCAGAAAUACUUUCUUCCCCAGGCAAGAGAUCCGAUUCCUCGUGGGACACUGGAUUUGUGGAUUUUAUAGAUACUCAAUUGUCUAGUAGAAAGAAGUCUCCUAGGAAGAAUAUUACUUUACUCAAGGCUGAAGCAGCAUCAUUGUGUUCUCCGAGGAGAAGAAGAAGAAGACUUGAAUCCAUUCCUGAAGGUUAUACAGAAAAUCAGCUUCACAGACUAAGGAAGAGAAGGAAAGUGGAAGAAGAAGAAGAGUUUCAGAGUUUUAUGAUUAAUGAUGUGUCUGCACAGGUUGAUGAAGAUAUUCAGUUUAAUUUUUCCAGUCCAAAUAAGCGCAAGUCUAAAGUAAUAAAAAAUAAAUCCAUUGAACAUAAAUCAGGGAAGUCUCUCGAUUAUGGAUUACCUGUAAAAGAGGACAGAGAAACAGGAUCUUUGAUUCAAGAAAAAAAGAAAAAAGUGGUAAAGAGAAAAAAAUUGAGGAGUUCUGAAAGAAAGGAAUCGUUAACCAAGAGUGAUUCUGAAAUUGAUAGUUUUCCAAAUAGACAUUUUCCAAGUAAAUUUUCAAAUAUGAGUGGACGAAAGUCAAAACGUAACAGUGACAGAGAACUUUGUGGAGAUGGAUCUGAAUGUAUUGAUGACGUUGACUCCAUGCCUUAUCUUUCACCCCAGGGAAGCAAAAGAAUCAUCAAAUCUUAUGGUGGGAGAUCAUCAGAUAUCCCGAAUUUAUCUCCUCAGAUUCAGAGGUACUCUUCCCCUGAUGUUAAUAGUUCUCGUAGCCUUCGAUCAAGAAGGACUUAAGCACAUACAUUGUAGAAUUAAAUUUUUUUAGCAGUGAUAUAAAGUGGAAUGUUCCUUGAUAAACUUAAAACAGUUUAUAUCUUGGUCCCUGAUAUAAAAUGAUAAAGGGCUGUCAUACAAGUGCCUUAUAUAGUACCUGUGGCAGUUUUUUGACUAUGAAUAAGAUUAUAACUUACUGGUGAUUCAUCCUAGAAAUUUAUUUCAGUUUUCUAAGUAGGAGUGGUAGUUAUUACAGCAAUUAUUUUACCAGUAAAUGAUUAAAAAUCUUGGUCCCUGAUAUAAAAUGAUAAAGGGCUGUCAUACAAGUGCCUUAUAUAAUACCUUUGGCAGUUUUUUGACUAUGAAUAAAAUUAUAACUUGCUGGUGAUUCAUCCUAGAAAUUUACAGUAUGUAUAUGAACAUUUUAUUGUGCAAUAUGAAUAAUAUUAAACAUUGUUUAAAAUCUGAAUAUAGAAUAUGUUUAUUGUAGUUUAAACAUGUUAAGAGAGUAAAUUUUCAUUGAAAAUUUCAAGAGUUUUGCAUAGUUUCAGGUUGUGGAUAAAAAAGGCGUGAACACAACCAAACUUAAUUUGGAUACUGUAUCUUUGUGCUUCCUUGUGAGUAGUAAAUUUGAUUCAAAGUAUUAACAAGAUUUACCUGCACGAAAGACGAAUGGCUGAUGUUUGUGUGUCUCAGUUUACAUUCUUUAGUCUUGCAUUGGAUUAUAAAAUUGACCUAUGAUUUCUACUGAAUAUAUAAUUUCUAAGAAUAAAGGGC